AUACAGUUUUGUAGACGGUCUAGAGAGCGUUGAUCUAAUGUAACGUUGGGGAGAGAUAAAUAAAUUUAAUUGGUACUCAAACGCUCCCUUUAUUUGGUCCAUGAAACUUGUGGAACGAAAAUGUCAGCGGCUUAUUAUUGUGUCAUUUAAUUUUUCGUUGUACGUGUGUUAUUCUUAUCUGGUUCUUGGCCUUCACUGUGUUCCUUGCGUGAGAACAUCGGUGAUUCAUUUAGUAAUGACGUAAUCACGAUGGUUAGCUCGGGUAGUUUACGAUUUCGGCUGAUGGAAGAGUUGAAAAGUUUGGUUAUGUUUGGCAGGUGCAACACCCGAGUGCACAUAACCCAUUUGACAUUUGUGUCAACAUAACGCGAAGAUGGGCUUGUUCGGGAAAUCCCAGGAAAAGAAUCCGAAGGAAAUGGUUCAGGAAUGGACACACAAACUGAGGAAGGAGGGGUAUCAAUUGGACAGACAGGUUAGAGCGAUCCAACGUGAAGAGGAGAAAGUUAAACGGUCACUGAAAGAAGCAGCGAAGAAAGGAGACAAAGAUGUGUGUAAAAUUCUAGCCAAGGAGAUAAUACGUGCCCGUAAAGCCUGUAAUAAGAUCUAUACCUCGAAAGCUCAUAUGAAUUCUGUAUCCUUGCAAAUGAAAAAUCAAUUGGCAACUAUCAGAGUUGCGGGUUCAGUAUCGAAAUCUACAGAGGUAAUGCAAGCGAUGCAGUCAUUAGUCAGGGUGCCAGAAGUAGCAGCUACAAUGAGAGAAUUGUCCAAAGAAAUGAUGAAGGCAGGUAUCAUUGAAGAAAUGUUAGAUGAGACUAUGGAUUCCAUUGAAGAUUCUGAUGAGGUGGAAGAUGAAGCAGAUGAAGAAGUAGACAAAAUAUUAUGGGAAGUCACUGCAGGUCAAUUAGGCACAGCACCUGCAGUUGUUACAGAAAACCCAGGAUCCGUGGUAGCGUCUACAUCCGCGGAAGAAGAGAAAGAAGUAGCAGAUGACGAGCUUGAGGAAAUGAAAAUGAGACUACAAAGUUUACGUAGUUAGCUGCAAUAUGUAAAUACUUAAUCAGCAUUGACUUUCAGUGUUAAAUAAGCUUGCACUUAACCGAGGACACGCAUAUAUAUAAUAUGAAUUCAGUGGAUAAAUGCCUCAUAUUUUGAUAUUUAUGAAAAACGUUUGAGCAAUGCUUUGUAUUAAAUUACCAAAAAAAAAGAUCAAGUAUUAUAAAAAUAAACUAACUAUUUUCAUUUUUCUGUACAGUUUUUGUAUCCAGCUUUUAUAAUCUAUGUGUAUUCUCUAGACAACUACUGUAUCUUGGCUACACAUAAUGACAUAGAUAGAAAGAAGCUGGCUUCUUAGUUGUAUUAUAUUCGAACACACACCGCUUAAUUUAAUUAUACUUGCAAGUUCUUG